GGUGUACCAAUUGGUGCUUGUUGUUGAGGAUAGCUCAAUGAUGCAGGUGUACCAAUUGUAGCUCCAAAUGGUACUGACAUAUUUUUAUUUCCAUGUGGAUCCUGUACACAAAUAAAAGGAAAAGUAUUUAAGCUGAGGACACAACGAACAAGUCAUUAGUUUUCGUUGAUACACCCAGCAAACACUUCAAACGGAUCAUCAUGUCAGCAAUCGGUUACAGAUGGGUUUCCACCAACACUCGUGAAGCAUUGCCAAGUACAGCAUUACUUGGUGGUAUUGAUGCUGAUGGAUCAAAUAUUUAUGUUGCUCGUGCUUAUCAUGGAGGAGAUUUGUUACCAGCAAAAUAUGUUCCACAUCGUCAUGAAGCUUAUGUUGCAUUUGGAGGUGCUGAACAUCACGUAGAAAGCUUUGAGAUUCUUUGUCACAAAGAAAUCCAUUGGCACCCAGCCAGUGAUGGUGAGGUACCAAGUGAUGCUGUUCCAACAGGAAACACCUCAGAUGGUGAAACUUUGUACACAGGACGUGCUGAACAUAAUGGAACAUUAACAAUUGGAAAAGUACAUCCAAGUCAUGGCGUUUGUUACAUUCCUUUUGAUGGAGAAGAACAUGCACACAAGCAAUACGAAGUUCUCGUAUUUCAUUAAAAUAAUAUAUUUUGUUUCUAAAUUUUAAA